UUGAAAGCCACAUUUUUUGUUUUGUGAUUUAAAUAUCAGUCUACAAAACUAUUCCAAUGGGCAAAAUAAUUAUGGCAUAUCUGACAUUUUUUUCCAAACUGCUCGUCACUACUGGUAUCCUGGGAGUUGUAACUGAUGGUGAAGCCACAGUUGCAAAUCAAACAAAUGUGACAGAGUUUUCUCAUUCUGCUUCAACAUUUGAUCCUGAAACUAAUAUCAGCACUGGUUCACCCGAUGGAGAGAAUUCAAUGACUAAUAUAACAGUGGAUCUUGGAAUUACAGAAACUUCUGACAUCCAUGCUUCUUUAACUACUGGAAUAUAUAGUAAUCUAAAUACUAGUGACACCCAAAGUCUUAAUCAAACAGAAGAAAAUGGUAACAGCUCCUUCCCAGAUAACAGUUCCAGUAGCAGAACCACAGUCCUAAUUAUCUCAACAGAGCCUCAAAAAAUACCAACAACUCAGAUGUCAGACAUAGAGGUGUCUUCAACUGCCACCAUUACUUUAAUUACCAGCACUUUCAAAGUGAGCAGCACGCUUUCACCUUAUAGCUCUUCAGUAGUUCCUGUUGGAGCUGCAAACACUUUGAGAAUUGUCUUACCUUUGAUCCUGAUCUUUAUUUUGAUUUUGUUUAUCAUUAUCAUAGUGACUUAUCGCCAGCACAGAAAGAAACAUAAGUAUUCCUUUGACCUCUUCCAUAAAACUGCUGAAGAUGCUGACAUUCCCUUGAGUGGUCCAAUUUGCCCAGGUGCCUUUGAAAUAAUUCCAGACAAAGCAGACAACACUGAUGUUAAGAAAAUGAAUGGAGACAUGGACAAUCAUGAUAAAACUCCAGCUGUCAUCUUGAACCUGCCUGAGGAAGUUAAUGAAAAGCAAAACAAAUGUGAAAAUGAAACAAACCACAGCCCAGCAAACCUUGACCAAGAAAACACAGACAGCCUUGACAAUUGGUCCUUCAAAGCCCCAGGAGCAGAUUUCACUGAUAUUGACUUGAUGAACUGAGUUUUUCAGAGUGAUUUGCAUGUUCCUCUGAUGCAAAUGUUAGCCCCUCUGAUCCAUUGAGGAUUUGCUUUUAGUCUAAUGCUGCAUGUAUUAUAUUCUAGCAUAAAUAAAAUGAUGUAUGAUUUUCUUGUACAGAAGUACAAUACAUACAAAACUUGACAUGGGGGGGUUUUUCAGACAAUUUUUUGCGAAAUUCCAGUGUGACAUAUUGAGAAAGAUACUUCAGUUCUAGUGCCUUGGUGGAUUAGGUGAUGAAAAUUCGGACAAUGAUGCAGGAUUGAAAAUCCAGUCAAGUUUAGGUAAUUUAAUAAUACCCUCAGGUUUAUAUUUCAAACUAUUAUUUUAAACAGAUACUCUUAUGCUGAUGAGUACUGCUGUUAUUUAAAAACCUAUUGUGCAUUACACCUGACCCUUACAGAAUUCGGCUACCCUACAUCGUUCCCAAAUCUAGAUCCAGCCAUACCCACAGUAGUUCUUGAUCUCCAUGUUUGGUUUUCCUUCCACUCACUGUUAAAAAUUUUUUCUCCAUUUGCUCACUGUAAAAGUGAUGCUGUUGACAUUUCAUUUAUUGCCAUGCUUAUUUUGUGAUCCUAGACUCUUCCCAUGAGGGGAAGCAUUUAUGUCUCAGUAUUUACCCUGUAAAAUGUCUUAAGAAUUCAAUACAUUUCAAUGAGAUCAUCUUUCAUUUUUCUCAGCGCCAAUGAGUAGAGUGCCAACUGGUUUGGCCUUUUAUCAUAAGGCAAUUCCUCCAUGCCAUGGAUCAUCCUAGUGAACUUUCUCUGAAUUGCUGCCACUGAAAUGAUUAGAUUAGAUUAGAUUCCCUACAGUGUGGAAACAAGCCCUUCGGCCCAACCAGUCCACACCAUCCCUUGAAGCAUCCCACCCAGACCCAUCUCCCUAUAACCCACAUACCCCUGAACACUAUGGGCAAUUUAGCGUGGCCAAUCCACCUAUCCUGCACAUCUUUGGACUGUGGGAGGAAACCAGAGCACCCGGAGGAAACCCAUGCAGACAUGGGGAGAAUGUGCAAACUCCACACAGACAGUCGCCCGAGGCAGGAAUCGAACCCGGGUCCCUGGCGCUGUGAGGCUACAGUACUAACCACUGAGCCACCAUGCCACCUAUGAUAUUUUUCCUUAAAUAAGGAGACCAGAACAGUUCACAGUAGUCCAGAUGUGGUCUCACCAGCACCUUGUAUCAUCUCAGUAAGAUUUCUCUAUACUUGUACUCCAACACCCUUGAUAUUCCUUAAGCCUUCUUUAAGCCUUCCUGAUUACCUGCUGCACCUGUGUACUAGCUUUCCAUGCAUCAUGUACACAUACCCUCAAGUCCCUUUGUAUUGUAACUUUCUGCAGUUUUUCUCCAUUUAAAUAAUAUUCUGCACUUUUGUUCUCCCUACGAAAUGAUCAAUUUCACAUUUUCCCAUAUUAUAGUCCAUUUAAUAGCAUUUUUCCCACUUAUUAACCUAUCAAUAUUUCUGUGUAAACUGUAUCCCUCUCGCAAACUUCCUUUCCAUCUAUUAUUGUGGCAUCUGUAAAUAUGGCGACUGUGCAUUUGUUUCCUUCCACAAAGUCAUCAAUGUAUAGUGUUAACAGUCCCAGGACUAAUCCCAAUGGAAUCCCACCAGUCAUGAGUUGCCAGUCUGAAAAAAAAAAUCCCCUUAUCUUCACUUGCUUGAGGACUGAGAGCUGGUUUAGUAUUGAAUUCAUCAGCUGAGUCAGGGCUGAUGUUGGCCAGCCAACCACUGGGAAUGCUAAAAUGAAAAAACAAGAAGUGAAGUGCUUUUGUAUGUAUUUUGAAAGCAGGACACAGUUUUGCUUUGGAAGAUGCUGGACUGUGCUUUAUUUUUGGUUUUGCCUUCUCUGGUUAUCCUACAAUUUGAUUUAUUGAAAGUCCCGAGAAAAGAACCCCAGUCUUAUAAGCACUAAGGAGAGCUCUCCAGAUGUCUGCACAAGCUCUUUGCAUUGUCCAGUGACUUUGAAGUUCAAGCAAAGUAAACCAUCCUAUGUGCCAUGAUACAAUCCAUCAGAUUUCAUGAAGUCUUGGUAUUCAUUGUUGAAAUGGAUAUCGACUGGCAAAUUACAAUUAUAUGUUAAAAAAAUUAUCCCUUAAUUUUGUCUUUCUCUCUGUCAGUGUAUGAAUGGGGAUUAGUUGUCAAAAAAGA